AGAAACAGAAUAAAGAAGGGCAACAGGUCAAUGAAGAGGCUAAAAUGUUGAGAAAACUCUUGUCAAAGACAAAAUCUGGCUACAAAUGUCUCUACUGUGAUAUGCACUUUGAGCACACACGUUAUCGUAAAUCUCACAUGGACAGGCAUCACAGAGAACGUCUUCAGUGCGAUCAUUGUCAGAAGAAAUUCGUCAAUAGAACAACUUUAAUAGGACAUUUAAGGUUACACGAAGGUCCCUUACCACGUCAGGAAUGUAACAUAUGUCACAAAAUGGUGCGAGUUUUACAAUUUAAAUACCAUUUACAAAGACAUGAAAACAAACAGACAUACAAAUGUAUAGAUUGUAAUAAAGUUUUCUCAACUUUGAUGACUUACCAAGGACAUCUCAAAUAUUCUAGGGCACACGCAUCUGAUCAGAUUCUCAAGUUCUCCUGUCCUACGUGUAAAAAGGGAUAUCCUACACAAGAAGCAAUGCAGGAUCAUUUCAACUACCAACAUUUAGGCAAAACAUCGCAUAAAUGUCCUAUUUGUGAUAAGCCUAUAGCAUCAAAAGCGUACAUAGAAAGACAUUUAUUAAGAGUACACGGAGAGAAAAAGGAGAAACCGAAGAAUCACAUCUGUCAACAAUGCGGGAAAGGAUUCACUGAUAAAAGAUCAUUAAUACAACACGAAGUUAUUCAUUCUGGCAACAGACCAUUGUCAUGUAACAUAUGCGAACAGACAUUCAAACAGAAAGCGACGUUAUAUACACAUAAGAAAAGAGUACAUAAUGUAACACCAACAAAGAAAGUUCUGGAAUUUAUAAAUGAUGAAACAAAAGUCGAAGAAUCUAGUUGAAAUGGCAUGUUACAGAUAGAUUGUGAAUUUCGACAUUUUGAAAUCGGUCCAAAUCAGGAAAUAUUUAAAAUUGAUACUGAUUAAUUGUAUUAGUUUGGAAAUUGCCUCGAAUAAAGAAGACACAUCGAUUGGGAAUUUCGAUACUUCAUAAACUGACAAGGCAUGAUAUACAAUUUGUAAAAUAUGUAUAUUACGAGUUUUUAUGCUUUGUUGAUAUUUCUAAUAAAGAUAAGGUAAUA